AUGGGGGAUGCUGGAGGAGUGUGUGUGUAUGGGGGCGUGGGAGAGGUGCGGAGUGGUGAAUGGGAUGGAGAAGAAGAGGAGCUAGAUGAGGCAUAUGUCACAGACGGAACAGCCUUCCUUCUAACAGCCGCUCAUUACCCACUAAUGACAGCCAUGACAGGGGCCACAGUGGAACAUCCAGCUGGGGGUAUCGCCCUCUUCAACCUCCCCCCAGAGGCCUAA